CCGAUUCGCCCAUUCUUUUCGCUUGUUCUAUCGUGUUGCUUAAUCUCCUCGAAAGAUCCUCUCUUCGCCUUCGAAGCUUCGUCGAUUUGUUCUGGUUUCAGUCAAAUCCACCCGGAUCCUGUUGCCUCCCUUCUCUUUCGCCCCUUUUGAAAUUUUCCUUUGAGAUAGGUGUAAUUAGGAAUCAUGGUGAAAUCUACCGAGUUCUAUGAUAUAUUGGGUGUUAGCAUAGACGCGUCUUCUUCUGAGAUCAAGAAGGCCUAUUACCUUAAGGCAAGAUUGGUGCACCCAGAUAAAAAUCCCGGAGAUCCACAAGCUGCUCAUAACUUUCAGAUACUUGGCGAGGCUUAUCAAGUCUUGAGUGAUCCUGUGAAACGUGAAGAGUAUGACAAGCAUGGAAAGGAAGGUCUUUCCCAAGAUUCCAUGGUAGAUCCUGGUACUGUCUUUGGAAUGAUGUUUGGAAGUGAUUUCUUUGAGGAUUAUAUUGGACAACUGGCUUUAGCAACCAUUGCUUCUGUAGAAGCAGAAGAAGAAUCAAAUAUUUCAGACAACAGAAGACAAAGAGUGCAAGAGAGAAUUAAGGAACUACAAAGAGAAAGAGAACAGAAACUAAUCCAAACUCUGAAAGAUCAUCUUCAUCUCUAUGUGUCAGGACAAGAAAAUGAAUUUGUGAAUUGGGCAAACUCUGAAGCAAGUCGUCUAUCCCAAGCUGCUUUUGGGGAGCCUAUGCUCCACACUAUUGGUUAUAUAUAUGCUAGACAAGCCGCUAGAGAAAUUGGAAAGAGCAAGCGAUACAUGGGCGUGCCAUUUAUAGCUGAAUGGGUAAGAGAUAAGGGUCACCAUGUAAAAUCACAAGUUAAUGCAGCAUCAGGGGCGGUGGAACUGAUCCAGCUUCAAGAAGGGGUGAAAAGAGAAUCACAGGAUCCUGAGAACCUCAUGAAAAUCAUGGAAGAGAAAAAAGACGCAAUGCUUAGCUCUUUGUGGAAAAUUAAUGUGCUUGACAUAGAAUCCACUCUUUCACUCGUGUGUCAGGCAGUUUUAAGAGACAAUACUGUUUCAAAGGAUGUACUGAAGUUACGAGCCACAGCAUUGAAGAAGUUGGGAACAAUUUUCCAGGGUGCAAAAGCUAACUGUAGAAGGGAAAGCAGCCUUCGUGUGGAGACUGGCACCUGCAAUAUGUUUAGAUCAAAAAGCAAUUAGCAUUUCAGACUUCUGUAUCAAAGUGCUCUGUCGAUUGGUGAAGGAAAUCCAUAUUGUAGUGUGCAGGAGCUCAUUGGCUGAUAAUGCCAAAUUGUACUCCAUAACCUCUCUUAAGUUUGUGCGUCUCUAUUGGCAUGAUAACAUGUUUUCACAUUCGAUGAGGGAUUUGACUGCAGCACAAAGAUAAUUUACCUUGUGUAGGACACGUUUACUUGUUUGGUGGUUUCCUUUUCCUUUUCCUUGUCCAGAGGAUUUAUUACUGAAAACUAUUGAUUUGAUGAAAAAGGGUAUCUUGAAUUA